AUGUACUUGCAUCAACGUGAUGGUUUUGAAUUUAUUUGGAAGAACAUAGCCGGAGGAAUUUAUCGUGACAAGUUGAAAAACCAAACAACUUUCUCUGGUGGGAAUGGGUGCAUUAUUUCUCAUGCUCCUGGGACAGGGAAAACCCGGUUGACCGUUGUUUUUCUCCAGGCAUACAUGAGCUGGAAUCCAGGAUGUAGACCACUCGUUAUUGCUCCUUGCAGCAUGCUCCUUACAUGGGAAGAGGAAUUUCAAAAGUGGAAAUUCGACAUCCCCUUUCACAAUCUGAACAAGCCAGAGCUGUCUGGCAAGGAAAGUAAGUUCGCUGACUACAUUGUGAGGCAAGUUGGACACCUGGAGAAAACAGAUAUCCGUAUCUUGAAGUUGUAUUCCUGGAGAAAGGAUAGAAGCAUUCUAGGGAUGAGUUACAAACUGUUUGUAAAACUCACUGGUUUGAGAAAGGGUGAAUUGAAGCCAAGUACGCAACAUGCUCAGCUCAGAAAAAUCCUCCUUGAGCUUCCUGGUAUUGUAGUCCUCGAUGAAGGGCACAUACCUCGAAACUCCGACAGCCAUAUCCUGCAGGCUUUGUCAAAUAUCAAAACAGAAAAGAGAAUCAUCCUUUCAGGAACUCCUUUUCAAAAUAAUUUUGAUGAGCUAUAUAAUACUCUCUGCCUUGCACGGCCAAAGUUUGCAAACAUAAGACAUCAAUGGGGUUCUCUUACAAGUUCCAUUACCAAAGCCACUGAUGACAGGCUGAAAUGUGAGAAACUGAAGAAGGUUAGAGAUAUGAUUGAGCCAUUUGUGCAUGUACACAAAGGUUCCAUACUACAAGAGAAGCUUCCUGGUUUGAGGGACUCUGUGGUUAUAUUAAAGCCAGCCCAACUGCAGAAGAGCCUCUUUGAUGAACUCAGUCAUUAUGCUAAAGGGAACCAUUUUAAAUUUGAGCAUUACGAGUCUUUGAUUUCUGUCCAUCCUUCAAUCUUGCUUAAGUGUGGGGGAAAGGAGUUUCCUUCUGACCGGGAUAAGUUAGAAGGAUUGAAUCCAGAGGAUGGAGUAAAAACAAAAUUUUUAAUGGAACUCAUCCAGCUUAGUGAGGCUAUGAGUGAGAAAGUUUUGGUUUUCAGUCAAUAUCUUCGUCCAUUGACCUUUAUGAUGAAUCAGCUCAAGUCUCAUUUUAAUUGGACUGAAGGAAAUGAGGUGCUGUAUAUAAAUGGAAAGAAUGAUGCAAAGGAGCGCCAAUCCUCAAUUAAUGUUUUCAAUGAUCCCAGUAGCAACAUUAGGGUAUUACUGGCGUCGACAAGGGCUUGUUCUGAAGGUAUAAAUCUGGUUGGGGCCUCAAGGGUUGUUUUACUGGAUGUGGUAUGGAAUCCAUCAGUGGAAAGACAAGCUAUAAGCCGUGCGCAUAGACUAGGGCAGGAAAAAGUAGUGUACGUUUACCAUCUCAUUGUCUUUGGGACAAAGGAAGAGAGGAAAUAUUAUAGACAAGUUGAGAAGGACUUGUUGUCUGAGUUGGUAUUCUCUUCUUCUGACAUGAGUGAUGACCAGCAGAAACUCUCACCUCCAGACCUGCAGGAUAAAAUUUUGGAAGAAAUGGUUCAACAUGAGAAACUUAAACAUAUGUUUGAGAAGAUAGCAUACCAACAGAAAGAGUCCAAACUAAUUGAGACUUUUACCUUGUUGGAAAAGCGAUCUGUUGUAUCAUCAUCUAGUUCUUGA